AUGUCUUCCGACGGCCGAGUCCCGCUCCUCGUGCGUGCGGAGCUCCCUCGCAAGCCGCCAGUCACUAAAGAAACAGCCCGCGAAAUAGCACUGCUGGAGCGCGAGAUUGUCGACGCUGAGGUUAAAGCGCUCCGUGCCUCCGUCUCCCUCCUCCGCCCACUCUACGCCCGCCGCACAGCCCUCAUAACUGCCAAACUCACCGAAACCGACUUCUGGCCUCGCGUCUUCUCCCACGCCCCGGAAGAAGUUGACAAGUUCAUCCUCCCCUCCGACGCAGAUAUCAUCGGCAGCUGUCUCAGAAACCUCACCGUGGAACGCUUCAGUGUAAAUGAGAAAGGUGACGAGGGCGAACCGCGUAAUUUGCGCUUUACGUUUGAGUUUAAGACGGACCCGGAGGUUAAUGAGUGGUUUGAUACGGGAGCGGAUGGGAAUGCAAAUGCAAGUGCAGAUGGGAUUGUGAAGAUUGUCAAGGAGUUUUAUUGGAGGAAGAGUAUUGGGCGGUCUGAGAGGAAUGGGAGAAGAAGGGUGUGGGAGGGGCUUGUGUCGGAGCCUGUUAGGAUUCAGUGGAGAAGUAAGGAGGUUGAUCCAACAAAGGGGCUUUUGGAUGCGGCGUGUAAUCUUGCUGAAGCUGAGAGGAAAGUUGGUGAGGGGAAGAAGGUUACUGUGGAGCAGAGGUUGGAGCUAUCUGAGUAUGAGACGGUGGUGACUGAGGUGGCGAAGGUGGAGGCUGAGGCGCAUCUGCAUGCGGAUUCUAGUGAUGAUGAAAAUCAUGAUCAUGACCAUGACCAUGACCAUGACCACGACGAUGAGAGACCCUCUGGUAUCAGUUUCUUUGCGUGGUUUGGGUAUCGCGGACGCGAUAUUUCGGCUGAGGAGUCGGAAGCCGCUGUUAAGGAGGAUGAGGUGUAUUGGGCGAAGGUUGCCGGGGGGGAAGAGGUUGGGGAAGAAAAGGAGAAGGAAGAAGCUGGAAAAGAGGGUGAGGAGGAAGAUGAGGAUGAUUAUGACGACGAUGAUGAUGAGGACGGGCUCAUGAAUGCGGAGAUAUUCCCGGAUGGUGAUGAGCUUGCUGUUGCGCUGAGCGAGGACUUGUGGGAAAAUGCACUCAAGUAUUAUGUUCAAUCGUUCGAGGAGAAGGACGACUUCGGCUCUGAUAAUGAGUUUGACAUGGACUGGAUGAAUGGCGAUGAUGACGAAGAAGACGAGAAGAAGAGUGACGACGAGAACGAGAACGAGGGUAAUAGGCCUCACAAAAAGGUCAAGACUUCAUGA